AUGGCAAGGAACGCGAUCCAACCGAGUUUCGACUUCUUCACGGGAGAAGAGCGCUCGCCGGCGCGACAGCCUUUGCGCGAGACGUUCCGUCAAUCCACAGCGACAGUCGCGCGCUCUGGUGAGUGUUGCGAAGCGACAGCACGCAGCUACGAGACUGAUCAUGCAGCGCAGNACAUCGCCAAUGAAUCGCUACGCGCCCAGCUGAAUACACUGCAAUAUGAACUCGACUCGUUGAAACAGGAAAAGGAGCUCACUGCUCUCCAGCAAGCGAGUGAGAUACGCGAUGCCGAGCAGCGCGCAGAGCGAGACUUCAAGCGAGCGCAGGCUGCAGAGACGGCCCAACAACACAGCGCCAAAAAGCUAGAUCAACUGACGCGCGAGUUGAGCGACGUUGAGAAUCGGCAUACCAACGACAAGAUACAGCUGGAACGCAAGAUCCGGACCCUACAGGAUGACAAUCAGAGCCUCAGAGAAGAUCUUGAAGAUGCCGAGUCGCGCCUCUCAUCAUCAGAAAGAGAACACAAACAUGGCCUCAACGACCUUGAAACAAGACAUUCAGCCUUGCAAGCUUCGUACGAAGAAGCUCAAAGAGAUCUAGAGUCAAAAGUCUCGACUCUGCAAUCUACACAACAGCGUUUGUCGCAACGAGAAUCCGAGAACGGCAACCUUGAGAAUGAGAUCCUCCGCCUCAAGGCUCAGACUGGCGACUCGGAUACUCUGGGUAUCAUCAAGCGCGAGCUGUCCGAGCAAGUAGCUCACAUCAAGAGACUCGAAUCCACCAACCGCGACCAAUCGUCCGAGCUCAAGCAACUGCGCAAAACUCACAAAAGCGUCGAGAUCGUGCAAGAAGAAAAGCGUGCCCUGGAACAGAAGGUCCGCGCAAUGGAAGAUUUGCGCAAAGAACUGGCAGAGGCACAAUUGCAGAAACAGAUUCUCGAGGACGAGAAGCGUAGCUGGACGAGUUACCUGGAGAGCGAGGCUGCUGGAAGGGAAGAGCUGGCCUUUGAAUCACCAGAGGAUAUGGCCAAGGCGUUCGUCAAUGAGCGCAUGGAGAGGAUCACUCUGAUCGAAAAACUGGGCACCAUACAACCUGAACUCACCGUGCGUGAUGCUAACAUCAAGACGCUCGAAGACGAAAAGGUUCAACUUCGCGCCGAGAUUGAGAAACUAAAGGAAGCUGGCACUUCAUCCACCACCGCGGUUCCUGUAGAUGCAAAAGCUCGAGCACGCCUAGAACGCCAAAAGAAUCUGGCAAUCAAGGAGGUCGAAUACCUUCGAGCACAGAUGAAGGCAUUCGAAGCCGAAGAGAACGAAUUCUCACCAGAAACAUCGAACCAGGAGGAGAACAAGCGCACACAAGAGCUCGAGACGCUCAUCGAUCAGUAUCGCUCCGAAGUGGAGACUCUUUCUGCAGAGAUGAAGCAACUAGAAAGCAGCACCCCUGCCGCGCCGACACAAAGUCUAAAGCGUCCACACCCAGAAGAGUCAGACGAGCGUCUGGGCGAGCUGCGCCGUAAGACACGCACACUCCAAGACGACCUAACAGCAUUGCAAACCCGCUACUCGACCAUCGAGACCGAGCUCAAGGCCAAGACAAGUCAACUAAACGCUCUGCGCGAGUCUUCACGCACAAGAGUGCUCGAGCUACGCGAUAACCCGACCGCCCAAGCCGAAGCCAUCAAAGUGACCACUCUUCGCACCCUGAAAGAAGAAAACGCAGCACUGCUUGAACAACUCGAAGGACGGCCAAAUGGCGCGACUAAGGUCGUACCCAUCAGCACACUUGACCACGCCCGUCUGCAGAUGAGCGAACUCGAAGCCACAAUCGCCCAACGCGACAAGAAACAGCAACGCCUAAAAACAAUCUGGUCCGCCAAGUUCCUCGAAUUCGCAGAAGCCGUGGCAGCAACGCUUGGAUGGAAAGUGGUAUUCCAGCCGAAUGGUCGUUUCAAGGUCACCUCCAUCUUGUACCCGACAUCCAUCAACAAGGACGGCGAGGAAGAGGAAAACUCUAUUCUUUUUGAUGGCGAAAAAGGAACUAUGAAGGUUUCUGGCGGUACGGAGAGUGUAUUUGCCAAUGAGAUCCGUCCGCUGAUCGAGUUCUGGGUCGAUGGAAGAAAGGAGAUUCCUUGUUUCCUGGCCGCGUGCACGCUCGAAUUUUACGACAAGACGACGAGAGCUGCCGAAAUAUAA